CCUAAGCAAAUAAUUUUAUCCCAUAGAUACAUACAUUUUCUAGAAGAUUGGAAAGGAUUUUGGAUUUUAUUUUUCGCUGUAUAUACAACAUUCAACUUAUACGACGUUAAUUAUUCGCUAAUCUCAUCGAUGACGGGCACAUUCGCCAGCUCGGAGCAUUUGCGCUUCCACUGUGCGAGCUGUUCCCGCAGCACCUUUUCUUUGGCGGCUGCUCGCGUAAGCAAAAUUUUGGCCUUUUGCAGCAGUUGCGUCUUCUUCUAUUCCCGACUAACCUUACUGCGUCCGCCGCAUUGGCUACACUUGGUCCGCCUCUGAAGCUCUUGCUCAAGGCUUGCAAUCUUCUUCAGGGACGCCGCAUGCUGCUGCUGCAACUGUGCCAAAUCUGGUGCGGCCGAAGACUCUGUUGAGCUACGUGAAUCGGUCGAACGUCUUCCGUCCUUAAGGAAUUUGUUCUCAGAUCGCAGCUUUUCCACGAGAUUGCGCAACGAGAGAAUCGUGUGCUCUGCCGACUGGCCCUGUUGGGUAUUCAACUUAAGGCCACUGCACUUGCAGAGCUCCCGACGCGACUCGUUCCGUGCCAUUUCCUCCUUGAGGGCGAUAAUGUAACUGAAAAAGGAUUCAUUAGGGACUAGUGAUACCUUCCCUUGGACUUCUUUUAGGCUGUACUUACUCCUCCAAGUGUUUGAUGCGCUUCUGCAAUCUAUCGCUGCUGUCGUUCUGCCGCAGAAGAUCCGAUUCCAGCUGCAGUUGGAGAUUCUUUGCCUCCAUCCGUAUGUUCUGAGCCUCUACUCCCUGGAACCGCUCCUGAAGUUUCUCCAAUUCGGUGGUGAGGGCGUUACUGCCUCGCCCCUCCAGUUCCAUGGCAAUAAUCUUGCGCUGCUGAAGCUCAAUGCGGUUCUUCAGGGCCUCGAUAAGGUCCAACUGGCUCUGGCUCCUGUCGUAGAAGUCGUGGUUACCCCGUGGCUGCGUAUGAUGAGCUGGCGAACUGCACUCGCUGCUGGGACCCGUGUAUGUCUCGGGGCUCUCCGACGGAGAACACGAGAACUUGUUCACGCCCACGUGCUGCAGAUUGGGACAGGAAGGAGUUCGACAGCACUUGAGAGGAUUAUUCGGAGCAGUGGUUGCUCCUCCGCGCGCCACUUUGGUCUCAAGCAGAUGCUUGUCCUUCUCCAGCCUGGCAAUCGUGGUGCGCGCCGCCUGCAACAGGGCUCGCGUCUUGUCCAGCGCCAUCUCCGUUUCGUCCAGCUUCGCCUUGUACUUGUCGGCCUGUUGCUGCCAGCGCUUUUGCUUUUCCCAGAGGCCCACCUCGUUGGCGGUUCGAGUACGCUUCGCUUCCAGCACCCUUUGCUGGCGCUGCAGUUGGUCGCGAGUAUCUUCCAGCUCCGUUUCCAGCUGCUGGAUGCGCUUUUGCUGGUUCUCGUUCUUCACUCGCGCAUUGAGCUCCGUCUUAAUGGAGACCACUGGCCGCUUGAGCAGCUGCUGGCGCAGCGACUGGGUGAGUUCUCGGGCCUGCUUCUCGCGCUGCGUGAGAUUCGUAAGCUGUCGGCGCAGUGCCUCCAUUUGCGUGUGGUAGAUCUUGUUGGUGGCCUCUGUCCGAUUGAGAUCGGCAGCCAGCUUGCCAAUCUGCUCCUCCGAGUAGUUCGAAGUGUCAUUGAUGUACCUUUGCUGAUCGUCCUGAAAUAUAGAGAAAAGUUCUCAUUUAUCUCUGCGGGACUCAAUGCUGGUAUGCUACUUACAUGGAAGUUUUUCAGUGUAUCCAUUAGAUCUUUUAUGUGCUUAUCCUUCUCCUCCAGGAAGCCGCGUAACUGAUCGAUUUCGGGACUUGCUUGCGUCUCCAUGGACUUUUCGCGAUCCUGGAAGAGUUUUAAUCUGGAAAAAGGAUAGGUUUAGAUACCUAACUGACUCUUUGGCUAUCACUCACUUCUCCUUUAAUAUUUCCACUUCCUCUUCUUUUGUUUUCAGACUCUUUUGGAUGUACUCCAGCUUGUCCUUUAGCUCCUUGAUCUGCUUGUGUAGAGUCGGUAGUUCCUUGAGCUCCUCGGUGUCCUGUUUCUCCUGCUCUCCUUCUGGCUCGUCGUCUGCUACUUCCGCAACCUCCACCUCGUCUUCUUCGUCGGUGGCUUCCUCCGCCACUGGCCUCUCUGGGGAGCUGCUGUGCUCGAACAUUUCUUCGAUUUUCUCGUCCGUAAUGUCAUGGAUCGAGGGCUCUGCACUAUGCACGGCAGCUGCUGCCACUGGCUGGUUGGGCCUCUGCUCCAGCUUUUUUCGCAGCUCCUGCAGCUCCACAUCCUUUGCCUUAAUGUUGAAGUUCAGAUGGUUUACUGUGGCCCUGAGGGAUUCGUUGUCGGCUGUCUGUCUGCUGAUCAGCUGCUGGUUCUGUUCCCGCUCCGUCUGUAGCAGAUCCUGGUAUUUCUGAAUGGACUGAUCCUUUUCCAGGAGCAGAGUGUGGAACGAAAGAAUGGUCUUCUCCACCACACCGCUGUGGGGACUUUCGGACUCGCGGCUCUCCGCCCUAUAUGCCUCCAAUUGCUUGCGCAGCAGCUCGCAGCGUUCGUUUGCCUCCAGGAGUCUGUGUGCGUGGAUGGAGAAAUAUCCUCACGAGAGCCCCUACUACUCUCCCCUGCUGUUUGAACCGAUUGAUUUUGCUGCCUGAGUAUGCCAUUCGUCUGGACUGCUGUCUCCAGCAGCUUCACAGACUCCUCCUGUGUUUGGGUGGACGUGUCAGAGUGCGGUUGGCAUCUGAAUGGCGAGCCAAUGGGUGAGGAUUGCCUGUCUAUCAGCUGGGCUGUCCUUCGCAGGGCUGGCACGGGUGCCAUAGCUGCUUCCGUAUUUGCUGCUGGAUCCUUUGUCUCCGUAUUCGUUGCAGCAUCCACUGUGGCGCAGGAAGUCGUCUCUCCCGUGUCCUGCCCCCCAAACAGUGCCUGUAUGGUCUGCCAGUGCUCCGAAUCAGUGGCCUGGCGCUCUCUCAGCUCAGACAGCUCACGCUGAAGCUCCUCCAGCUUAGUUUGCUGGCUCUCGCAACGCUGUUCAAGGAGUCUCGCUUGGGUUUCAGACUUGAUAAGCUUAAUCAGCUGCUGGGCGCUGUCCUCGUGGGGCUUAACCUUCGAUUGCACUGCCUCUAGGACCUCUUGGAUAACUGCUGUGUGGUCUACCUUCUGCUGCUGCUGGUGCUCCUCCAAACGCCGCUGGAACUUAUGUGCAAACAACGAAUGCUGUAGGAAUCUGCAGGAAUAAAGGAUUAGACUGGCACACAAAUCGGGGAGACCGGAGGCCUUGAGGCUCUUGGCAUUCAUUUGGAGCAGCAUUAGCUCGUAGGUUACGAGUGUAGCCAUCAUCUGAAAGAAGUUAUAGCCACUAAUGAAUGAAAUUAUUAAACAAAAAUCUUCAAACUUACCCCAAAGAGGCUCUUGCGUGUGAGGUAAAACAAACGAUAGCCAGAGAGUCCAACGAACUCUGCAGUUAAUUGACUGACAAACCGCUGCACCUCCUCUGUCCAGUGAGUGCUGGGCACCAGAUAUAGCGUUCGAAGGGGCAGUAGCGAGACAUCGUGUAUCUUGGAGGCGGACAUGAAGACAAGGCUAGUGCGUGCCAGCAGGAAGAGCAGCGAGUACCAGAAGUACACAUAAUUAAUGGGAUGAUGAAGUUUGCUGCAGCAUCAGUAAGGAGAUCAGGAAUGGCCUAAAAUUUAAAUGUUGGUAGUAGAACUCACGUGAAAAUGGCCAGCGCCUGAUUGCAAAUGACAUAGACAUUGUUUGCACAGGACACAAACACAAUAUUGGACAUGCUGGCUUCCAAGAGGCUCGCCAGCUCACAGAGACGUAUGUGAUCUCGGCGUAUAUCGUACCACAGGGUAUCCGGAACUUGCUGCAAUGGUAAGCUAUAUAAGAGCAGGUGUACGAAAAGGUAUACUUGAUUGUCUUACACGAUCACUCAACGCGAAAACCCGAUCGGCAAACUGCUGAAACCGCUGCGCCAGACCAAUGCUCGUGAGCACUAUAAAGAUGUCCAUAAAAUUCCACAGAAAAGUAAAGGCUGCGUUUAGCCACUGUCAUUAAAAACAGACUACAAUUAGCUGUGGGAAACAUUAUAACAUCAAAAUAAGCUCCCUUACAAAGGCAUAGCAAAUGGAGAAUAUGUUGUUGGGCAACAGCUCAAAGAUGUCUGGGAAGUCCUGCUUCAAAUAGGAACCAAACGACGGACGCGAGUGAUUCGUGUGACAGUGAAAGAUGUGCAUGUGAUAGCUAUAGUAACCAGAGGCAUAGUACAGCAAGUGAUCCACUAGAAAAAAGGGACAAUGAAUGAAGAAUGAGGAACGGAAACAGAACUCACCCACUGCCAUAGAACCCACGACACAGCCAAUGAGGCGUAGCUUGGAUUGAAGGCUGUGCUUGCACGGUGCAUAGGGAGGAAACUGCAUCAGAAUGUCCAAGGAACUCCAGGGCAGAAUGAGCCUCGACCAGGACCGAGCGAAGACAAUAAAAUUUAACCAGUUGACGAUUCCCACAAUCAAGAAAACCAAAUUCACUGCAACCAAACAUACAAUGAGAGGACUUUUGAUGAGGAUUCGCCGGACUCACUCAUAUUCUUGGCAUUCAGACCCGUUCGAAAGAGAAUAUUUGCCUCCAUUAGUGUUUUGAUGCCUCCUAGAACCAGGAACAGGCCGGUAAAGCACAUUCCAAUGCUACGGAGGCGAAACUUUACAUCCUGCGGAUCCCGACUGAGAACAUUCGAAAGGGGCAUGAUGCCAAACAAUUGUGCAGCACAGAGAUCUGUAAACAGGAUGAUGAAAUAAAGAUCACUGGCAGUGCAUUGCUUACAUGGCCUGAUGGCUCGAUGGAAGGUAUCCAGCUCCUUGAAUUCCUUGCCACCCUUGGCACAGCGCCAUCUCAUGGCUAGGAUAGUGCGCUGCUUUUGCCGUCGCACCUUCAGGCGCUUCAUGAUGCUAUCCGGAGCCGUUGACAUCUUGCUUAAGUCUGAACAGCGGCUAAUCCAAGAGCUGUGUCUCAUAAUUUGUUGUUUACAAAUACGGCUCCCUGAUCCGGACAUGCGACCCACGGUUAAAGCCUAAAGCCUGUAAUUAGGUACCACCAAAGCGGCAAUUCAGCGGCUGACAAUGUAAGGGUAUCUUUUGUAUGUGUUUAAAUUUAACACUUCGUGUUAUUCUGAAAGUUCAGUGCAAAAACUGUCGUCGACAUGGAAGGACCUGCCUUGAAUGCGCGCAAAACAGGAGUCAAAAGGAGGCAUGAGUCACUACUGAGGGCUCUGCAACAGCCGACGAGCACUGUGCCGAAGCUGGCGGAUGAAACGAACUUUCAAUUCAAUGUGAUUUCCAGCGAAAAGCUGCCAGAGUAUGUCCAACUGGACCUCUUUCAUCGAGCUGUGUAUCCAUUCAUGCUCCUGGCUCAAUGCUUUGGUGUGAUGCCCUUGACUGGCAUACGGGAGCCCAAUCCGCGACGAGUUCGCUUUGUCUACAAAUCGCUGCCCAUGAUCGUUACGCUCACGUUUAUGGCCGCCACUUUGACGCUGCUGCUGGCCAUGCUUAAGCACUUACUGCAGAUAGGCAUUAAUGCCAAGAAUUUUGUGGGUCUUGUUUUCUUUGGCUGUGUGUUAUCUGCUUGCGUUGUCUUUAUUCGUUUGGCUCGACGCUGGCCCCCUCUCAUCCGCUAUUGGACACGCACGGAACUGGUCUUUACCAGGGCGCCCUACGAAAUGCCCAAAAGGAAUCUUUACAAGCGCGUGCAGCUGGCUGGCAUGAUAAUCAUUGGUCUGUCGAUUGGUGAACAUGCCAUGUAUCAGAUCUCUUCGAUUCUGAGCUACAUCCGACGCGUACAUUUGUGCUCUGCAGCGGCCAACAUUACCGCUGUGACAAGCUUCAAAGACUAUAUAAAUUCGAACUAUGAUUAUGCGUUUGCAUGGCUGUCAUAUAGCCACAUCAUAGCUGCUUUAUUACUGCUAAUCAGUGCAGUAUGCACUUUUGUGUGGAACUACAUGGAUCUGUUCAUUAUGAUGGUCAGCAAAGGACUCUGCUAUCGCUUCGAGCAGAUCACGGCACGCAUACGCAAGCUGGAGCAUGAAGAGGUGGUCGAAUCCACAUUCAUCGAGAUCCGUGAGCACUAUGUAAAGAUGUGCGAAUUGCUGGAGUAUGUGGACAGUUCCAUGUCCAGCCUUAUACUCCUUUCCUGUGUGAAUAAUUUGUAUUUUGUUUGCUAUCAGCUUUUGAACGUGUUCAACAAACUACGCUGGCCCAUCAACUACAUUUACUUUUGGUACUCGCUGCUAUAUCUGAUUGGACGCACGGCCUUUGUAUUCCUCACGGCAGCAGAUAUCAAUGAGGAGUCGAAGCGUGGUCUGGGUGUACUGCGACGCGUCUCCAGCAAGAGCUGGUGUGUCGAGGUGGAGCGCCUUAUAUUCCAGAUGACCACACAAACGGUGGCUCUGUCGGGCAAGAAGUUUUACUUCCUCACGCGCAGGCUUCUCUUUGGAAUGGCUGGAACCAUUGUCACCUACGAGCUGGUUCUGCUGCAAUUCGAUGAACCCAAUCGACGCAAGGGACUGCUGCCCUUGUGCGCCUGAUGGCCUUCAAC